AAUCGUCAUCUUUCGAGCGGAGGAAGCUCUGGGGGUGAGGGAGCAUUGCUUGCGCUUCGGGGCUCACCGGCCGGGUUUGGCACUGAUAUCGGAGGGAGGAUACAGAUUCCGGCGGCGUUCAAUGGGGUUUUUGGUCUUCGUCCAUCUGCCGGAAGAAUGCCCUAUGAAGGAGUGGCGAAUUCUAUUGAUGGUCAAAAUACUGUCUUGUCGGCGGUUGGCCCGAUGGCGACGAGUAUUGGAGCGUUGAAGUUACUUUUCAAGGCUGUUCUCUCCCAGCAGCCGUGGCUUCAUGACCCACUUGCGUUGCCGCUACCGUGGAGAGAUGACUUCGAGAUGGAGACACAGGAUAUAAUCAAAGCGUCGUCCGGCCGUGGCCCUUCUCCGCUCUCCUUUGGCAUCAUGAGCCAUGAUGGCGUUGUCCAGCCUCAUCCACCGGUGAAGGAGGCUAUGCUGUUUAUCACGCAUAUAUUGAAGGAACUGGGUCAUCAGAUCAUCCAGUGGGAUCCUGCGCUGUGUCAAGAAGGUCACGAACUCGCGGGAAAAGCGUACAACAUGGACAGCGGCGAAGAUUUACUCAGCCAUAUCGCCUUGUCAGGCGAGGCACAUAUUCCCCCGUGUCUUAUUGACACACGCAAACACCUGAAUGCCAGGGAGGUUGCAGCAUUGAACGUGCAGAGACGGCAGUACCUGAAAAAGUACAUGGACUUGUGGAACAGCACCAGCAAGCUGACAGGGACCGGGAGACCAGUUGAUGCUAUCGUCUGUCCGACUGCACCUCAUGCAGCUGUUAUCUCGGGGAAGUUUCGCCACACGGGUUACACCACCUUGAUCAAUACCUUGGAUUAUACAAGCGUAGUGAUUCCGGUUACCCGUGUCGACAAGGAGAUUCACAGGGUGGAGGCGUCGCCAAAGUUCCUUAGUAAGGUAGACCAGAAGGUUUACUCGGAGUAUGAUCCUGAGAUCUACGAUGGCGCCCCGGUGGGGAUACAAUUGAUUGGCAGGCGGUUGGAGGAGGAGAAGAUUCUCACACUGGCGGAAUAUUAUCUCUAA